UUGACUUAGAGUAUUCUCCUUUUCUUCCCAUUUCCUGGGAAGCAAUAACUAGUCUUGUUCCCCUUUUUGGCUUUUCCUAUCCUAUAUAUUAUUUUUCUCAUUGUAACGACCUACUCUUCAUUCAACUCCGCCUACCGUGAAUCUGCGAUAUCCUAUUCUUAACGUGCCAGCAUCGCAUCGCGUUCGCCACCCUUCCUCACUUGCCUUGAAAAGGAAUGGCAUCUGGCUCGCUGUCGUCCUCUUGCAGCUUCGGCUCCGGCUGGACUGCUACUCAAAAUAAGUUGUUUGAGAAGGCGUUAGCGACGUAUGACAAGGACACCCCCGACCGCUGGCAGAAUAUAGCCAGGGCCGUGGGCGGAAAAACCGUGGAGGAAGUGAAGAGGCAUUAUGAGAUCCUUAUUGAAGAUCUCAACCAUAUCGAGUCUGGCAGAGUGCCCUUCCCCAAUUACAAGACAUCUGGAGGGAGCAGUGGCAGAAGCAAUGGCGAUGCCUAAGAGGAACAAAGGCUGGAUUAACAAAGGUUCUAGCGCGGUGAAAUCCUGCUCAAUAAAAGAUCCAUUACACUCUUCACUUUUGGAAGAGAUACGUUAUUUCUUCUGGAUUUGUCAUGAAUUUCCUUUUCUGCUGUCAUGUAUGUACCAAGGAAGAAUUACUAAAUCUAUGCGCUUCUAGAUUUCCUCUUGUUUAUUGUUCCUACUGUAAUGGAUUGUCAAGUUAGAAAAGGUGCAGCAGUACUUUUUAUUUGGUUCAA